AUGUCCCAAGUCUAUUUCGACAUCUCCGCUGACGGCAACAAGCUCGGAAGAGUCACCUUCAAGUUGUACAACGACGUUGUGCCAAAGACCGCCGAGAACUUCAGAGCCUUGUGCACUGGCGAGAAGGGUUUUGGUUACGCCAACUCUGCUUUCCACAGAGUCAUUCCUCAAUUCAUGUUGCAGGGUGGUGACUUCACCAGAGGCAACGGUACUGGUGGUAAGUCCAUCUACGGCGAGAAGUUUGCCGACGAGAACUUCUCCAUCAAGCACACCAAGCCAGGUUUGUUGUCCAUGGCCAACGCCGGCCCAAACACCAACGGCUCGCAGUUCUUCAUCACCACUGUGCCAUGCUCCUGGUUGGACGGCAAGCACGUGGUCUUUGGUGAGGUGACCAGCGGCUACGACGUGGUCCAGAAGGUCGAGUCUCUUGGCUCGCAGUCCGGUGCCACCAGAGCCAGAGUGACCAUCGACGCUUCCGGUGAGUUGUAA